ACAAGCAUUCAUAACUAAACAGUUUUAAAAUUCUAUUCAUUUCUCUGGAACUUCGCUGCUUCUUACCAAAAUGCAGACGGUCGUGUUGAUUGUCCUCGUUGCGUGCGCAUCCGCUAACGCUCUCCGCUUCGCUCGCCAACUGCCGCUGCCCCCGCUGACGGGCGGCAGUGCAGGCUGUACGGCGGAACAGAAAUCCCUUUGCGGUCAAGCGCAGUGUCAAAACAACAACAACCAGAACACGCAAGUGAUCGGCGGUGGCAACACCGGAGGCGGCGGUCUCAUCAGCCUCAUCCCAGUCAAUUUAGGCAACGGUGCCGGCGUGCAACUGCCCAUCAACGCCAACGUCUGCCCGCCCGUCUCCGUUUGUGGGUUGUGUGCCGCUGCUAAUGUUGCUGGCUAAGGGAACAUACGUUUUGUGCGACUAACUUUCUUCUCUUAUCUUGAUUUUCUCAUGUUGUUAUGCGGAGAUCGAAUUUUCACGAAUGUUUUGUUGUAAAGAAUUUACACCAUGUUGGUUGUCAUUUAUAGUGAUCCGGUAAUAAAUUGAAAAUCGGUCUAA